GGCGUCACAUCCCGGAAGUAAAACACACGAUUUUUAGAUGAUGUCAUAAAAGUUAAAGCAGUUUUGUCUGUGCCUUUUUAGUUUUCGUUUUAUUUAGCCUAAUUUAAUAAGAAUACACUGAUAUAUUGUGUGUGCUUUGAGCCAACUCUGUGAAUCUAAACGAGCUUUAGAUUUCGUUUUGUGUUGUAGCGUUAGCUUUGCUUUUGGCGGUCAUAUUUCACUGCAAAAUAAUCCUCGUGAUUAAAUAUCCACAGCUUUUUUUGUGGCUGCGUUUCUUUUUUAUCGAUGGAAAGGGAUAUAUGGAGUUUGGCCUUAGACGAUGACCUACUUCACGGUCCCGAUUCUGCCGUGAUUCCUCCGGAUCCGUCCCCAUGGAGCAGAUCAUCUGCCGGCAUCUGGUCCACCGAGAGGAGCUUCCCAACAGUAUUAAAUCAAUAUACGAAAGACCAAGAUUACAACACAUUUCCCUCCAGCACAGAAACCCAGAGCCAAACUGUACAGACGGAGAACUUGACAGAAGAAAGAUUUACAAACACAAAAGAAGACUGGGAAGCAGACAUGCGUGCCUUAGAAGACUGCAGUAUUAAGUUGACCCAACAGUAUGAGGCUUUAACAAUGCAGCAUGCAGCGGAAGAGGAGGAGCAUAAUGUCUGUGUCAGAAAUCUAGAGAAGACAAAAGAAGAAAGAAAUCAUCAGUACCAGAGUUUUAUUGAAAAAAUUGAGUCCUUGCGAAUGAAACUGGAGCUAAAUAGCAGUAAGACCACACGGAAAAACUUUAUGGUAAAACGGCAAGAGCUUACUGCUGAGAAAGAACGAAUGGAAAAAGAGAAAGCAAGACUCGCUCAGGAGCUGGAGGACACGGACCAAAAACUGAAGGUGCUAAUAGAGGAACAGAAUCAAGACAAACUGACCUGGGAGCAGGAAAUUGCUAAUUUGAGGGUGGAAAUGGAGACACUUUGCCGACAGGCAAAGCAAGCCAGCCAGACAGCUCUUGAGGAUGAGAUAGAGGCACUAAAAAUGCAAAAGGUGCUUGUGAUUUCUCAAGUGGAGGACUGGCUUGCAGAUGCGGAAAGAUAUCGGAAUUAUCUUAGGUUAAAUCCUUCCCAGCAGAACUUCCAAAAGCGGCAGAAGUGGGAGCAGAAUGUAAUGAUGGUUGUCAACAGUCUGUCUAGUUUAAAAAAUAAGUUUAACGAAAACCAUCAGCUUCUACAGCAAGGUGAACCAUUGGACAGUUUGCCAUCAAUCACUCUCCCUACACUUCCUCCAGUGCCUUUAUUCGAGCUGAUAAUGUCUUCACUUCAGAAUCCUGUGUCUCACCCAGUUUUCAACAGUGGUCCACCCACCAGCACUAGCACUUCAUUUGCUCAUCCCCAAAUGCAUGCGUCUACUACACCACCCCAAGCGGCCACACCCCCACCUUCAGCUCCAAAACAACCCAUGCUAUAUCCACCCGUCAGCUCUGCUAUGGGUCCACAACCUCAACUGUCCUUCCCAAACCCCAGCCUGCCUCAAACUCUUUAUCAUUCAGCUGUCACACCUGCACAGACACAUAUAGGCAUUUCAGGUGUCUCUGUUGCCCCAUCUGGACCCUUUGUGGGAUUGCCAAAUAAUCCAGGAGCCGUAUUUCAUCCCCAAUCAACAGCGCGCCUUCCCCAAACAUUCAUGCAGACCACAUCUACACGUAACCCCACCCCUCAGGCCCUUCCAUCAAAUCCCGCACCAGCAGGCAAACUGGACAAGCUGCUUGAGAAAUUGGGCUCACAUUUUCCACAAUGCACAAGGGAACAGUUAACAAGGGUUUUACAGCAAAUCAAGAGUGAACGUGGUACUAUGGCUGGCCUGUCGAUGGACGAUGUUACAGCUCAGGUUGCACAGAAACUUGCACAGAAUCAAAGACUGCCACCAGGACCUAUAGCGCCCCCAUCUGGAGCCAGGGCCUUUCCCACUGCAGUUGGUCCAAUCCAGCGUCCCACAGCUCAGCAGAUUCAUCCCAUGAGGCACCAUUUCCGUGCCCCUGUUCCUCAAGGCUUUUACACCAAACCCCCACAGUCCUCUGCCCGAAGAUUUUGUUUGAUGUGCCAAAACCAAGUUGAAGUUGGAACCCAGUACAACACGAACUGUUCUCACACAAUGCAUAAAGAUUGUGUCAGUGUUUGGCUCAAGACCAGUAAGAACAAUUCCUGUCCAUUCUGCCCAUCCAAAUGAGGACCCACUUAAAAAAGAAGAGUUACACUAACACUUAAAGUAAUUGCAUGAAAUUAAGUUGAAACAAGUGUAUUAAUAGUAUAUUACAAUCUGUUUAAUGAUGGAAAACCUUUCAAUAUGACUUGUACUUUUUAUUAAGUAUUUAUUUACAGUCAUUUCAAAGACAUUUGAACAUAAUCGGAAGCAUAUAUCUUAUUAAAUAUGCUUCCUGAAGGACAUUUAACAUAUUUUCAACCUUAUAAAAUAAAAUGUUUACUUCAAAAAAAA